GCUAGUUCGUCAUGGCUAGUUUUCACGAAACUCGCUCGACAGUGCUCGACAGUUGACAGUGUUGACACGGAACACGCGAGCAUUCUGACAACUCAACAAAUCAAUGUAGCGUGUUGAUAAGACGACACUCAACAGUUGUAUCUGCUGAACGCGGCCAUUGGUUGUUCACCGCAUCGUUUCUUGUUUCUUGUCGCGCUCUAUGCGCAUCGGCCAUAAGAUCGCUCAUAAAUGGCGCCAAAACAAGGAUUUGUGACAAAAACACAUGACACAAACGGAGAAACUUUCGGGACGUUGAAUUUAAUCCUCUGGACUCGGCGUGACACGGAGAAUUUUAUUCGCUAAAGUUCGUGUCAGAGUGAGAGCUGUGUGAGAUGGCUUCCGCCAGAAACCUGAGGAGGUCUACGCGAGUGACAACUCGCGUGAAAUAUACGGAGGAUAGCGACGACGGAAUACCUGAGGGCACUGCUCGAGCUGACAUACUGAAGGCUGAAUUAGAGAAGCAGCUUCAGGAUGUCGAAGAGGAUGUACAGAAACCACAUGAAUUAUUUUCCGAGAAGGAUGUGUGUGGAAGAAAACUGUAUGGAUUUCAAACACCAACGAAAAGGAAUAGCAUGAUACUUAAAGCCAAUCAGUGUCGUACACCCGAGACCCCAAAAAGUUUCAAGACGCUUCCGGUUCUAAAAAUUGUUCUUGAAAAGAUUACAUCAAGUCCUGAAAGUCAAGCCAACAGGGAGGAUGUUGAUACCAAAGUGUCUCGAAAACGGUAUUUGCCCAGUGUAAAUUCAAGUGGCGAUGAGAGCGUGUCGGAAGACAGUGAAUAUGUACCUACGGAUAAUGAAAGCAGUUCAGAGCCUGACGAAACUUCUGAUAAAAGUGAGGAUAGCGAGAAUUCUGAUGUGAGUAAGGAAAACGAUGCUAGAAGGGGAAUUAAGCAAAAAGUGUCGAAACCUUUGCCGAAACCUUUGCUAAGACGUGAGAUACAAAGUACACCUAGAAAAACAGAGAGAGGACGUAAGACUGUUGCUUACAAGGAUUAUCACAUGAAAACCGACGAGUACUUUGAAUCUCAAUCAGAAAAGAUAGUUACGUCUGAUCGUACAUUAGGAAGACUUCGGAACGCUCGUCUUACUGAAGAAACACUGGAAGAAUUAUUAACAAAUCAAAAUCAUAUUUCUACGAUACAUAAGAAACGUAUUUGUUCAUUGACAGAGAAUUGUAGAUCGUUCUUUUCUAUGUGGCAAUUUAUAUUGGAAGAAGGUUACAGUCUGUUGCUUCAUGGAGUAGGCUCAAAAAGGAAUUUAAUAAACGAUUUCCAUAAUGAGAUAGCAGAUCAUCCAACGUUAGUUAUAAAUGGAUUUUUUCCUAGCUUAACGCUGAAAGAUAUACUCGAUAACAUAAUAACGGAUUUAUUAGAUUUAGAUUGCCCAGCGAAUCCUAAUGAUUGUUUCGAACUUAUCGAAACGGUUAUGAAAGAUAAUCCGGAUGAUCGGCUUUACUUAAUAAUUCACAAUAUAGAUGGGAUAAUGCUGCGUUCGAAUAAAGUUCAAAAUAUUCUUGCCAGUUUAGCAGCCAUUCCGAAUAUCCAUGUCGUAGCGUCUGUUGAUCACAUAAAUGCACCACUCCUUUGGGACCAUAUAAAACGUGCAAAGUUUAAUUUUUAUUGGUGGGAUGCGACAACAUUAUUGCCAUAUCAAGCGGAAACUUCGUACGAAAGUUCCUUGCUGGUUCAACAAAGCAGUGGACUCGUGCUGUCUUCUCUCCAGAAUGUCUUCCUGUCUCUCACCUCAAACGCUCGAACAAUUUACCUAAUUCUUGUCAAAUACCAAUUGAGCAACAGCAGUAGCAAUUUUGCAGGGAUGCCGUUCAAGGAUCUGUAUCGAGCAGCACGCGAACAGUUUCUGGUCAGUUCCGAUUUGGCAUUAAGGGCUCAGUUAACUGAAUUUAUCGAUCAUAAAUUACUACGAACUAAACGCACAGUUGACGGUGCUGAACAUCUGUUAAUACCCCUCGAUAAGGCCCUCCUUAAACAAUUUAUGGAACAGCAUGGAUCGUAAUUUAUUUGGUGUAUUUAGAAAGGUAUAUAUAUUUUUGUAAAAUAGUCGAUAUAAUAAAGAAG